CAGAAAAACGUUGAAAGGGAAAGUGAAAAUAAGAUCAAGUGAAAUUACUGCACGAGCACUGUCGCAACUGUGACUCUCACUGAGCUGUGUUCAUAGUAAAUAAUCUAAAUCAUAAUGACAAUUGUCGAGUUUGACAGUGUGUGAAUGCACACUAAACACUACUUCAGUACUCUCGUUUACUCCAUGGUUCAACCUGUCGCAUGACAGCAUUUUUUGCUAUAUUUUACGAUAUUUGACCAGCUGGUAGCUGUUGACUGACUGUCAGACUUGAUUCAAAGCUUCUUAAUUAGCGAUGUGAGAGGCAUGAUGAAAAUGGAAGACCUUUCAUACAUUAACAAACAACUUGUAGAAAUGCUCGCUGAAAAUCAAUGGAUAUAUAACUUUCAAGUCACCAGAUUUUUUAUUGAGGAGCCCUGGAAAUAUAUCCCUGUAGAGUGGAAGAAUGUGUUGCUGAAGUUAACUACAGAGGAACUAGAUUCACUUCCUUUUGGAUUUUUGAAGGAUGAUUGGCCAGAGAGCCUUAGAAAUUUCAUUUCUACUGCAUCCAAACUUGCAUUACCAAGAAGUAUUUCAGAAGAGAUUCAGCCUUGUAUUCUUGACACUGAAGUGAAACGUGGAAUGAACCCCAAAAAACAACAUGAAGUGAGACAUAUGGCAGCUCUUAUCAGUGAUAUAGCAAUUAAGACAGGAUGUGAUGUAGUGAUUGAUGUAGGCUCCGGUCUGGGAUACCUUGGCCAUGUAUUAAAUACUGUCUAUGGGCUUAAAGUGAUUGGUCUGGAGAGCAAGCAAAGUCAUACAUCAGGAGCAGAUAAGCGGACAUUUUCAGAUAGUAACAGAGACAUCAUAAAUGUAACCUUUGAGAUGGAAGACUCUCCAGACAGUGUAUCAGAAUUUAAAACUUUAAUAAGUUCCUGUUUGAAGAAAUUCAGAAAAGAGGAAAUUGAUAAUGAAAACAUUCAGGACCACGUAAACUCAACUAUGAAAGCGACAACAAAAUCAGAAGUGCAACCCACUAGUGAUGUCGAUUGCACAUCUGUUGAACAUCUUAAAAACUCCAAGACAUAUGAUUACUCUAUUGGCGAGUGCUCUCCACAAUAUGAGAACAUGCAAAGUGAAGAAAAUAAAACAAACGUGCAAGACUGUCGUAAUGAUCUGUGUGGUUCGUGUGUAAAAAGCAGAACCGAAUCAGAUCGAAGUGAUGAAGCAAGCAAAGCAGCUACCGAAUCAGAUCAAAGUGACGAGGCAAACAAAGCAGCUACCGAAUCAGAUCAAAGUGACGAGGCAAGCAAAGCAGCUACCAAAUCAGAUCAACGUGAUGAGGCAAGCAAAACAGCUACCGAAGGCAACUUAGACCAAUAUUCCCGCCAAUGCAUUUUGAUUGGACUUCAUUGUUGCGGCGAUUUGACUCCAGCAAUGUUGAAGGUUUACUCUGAUGUGAAGUUUUUGAGAGGACUGUGCUGUGUUUCUUGCUGCUACCACAGAAUGUCUAAACAGGGAGAUGGGUAUUCACAUUUUCCAAUGAGCAAAAUUACUGAGAAUACGAUGUUGAAGUGUCGUUUGAGACCCACGGUACCCUUUCUAAGACUAGCGGCACAGGAAACCAGAGCUCGGUGGAGAACACAGUCAGAAGAAACCCAUGAAAGUCACACAAAGGCCGUAGCGUACAGAUCACUUCUGGAACUCUUUGCUCAUCAAGAAAAUACAGAAUGUAACAAGCUUUUUCGAAGAAUAGCAACAGCGGGAGACUUCGUGAACUUCCAGUCUUAUGUUGAUAAAACUUUAUCGCGCUGUGAGUUUGCUUCCCUUCAAGGGAAAGAAUCCGUGAAAUAUAAACUCAUUUCCCUUUACGAAGAAUAUAAAGCAAAAUUUCCGUACAUUGAGGUUAUUACGGUUCUUCAAGUGAUACUACAGCCUCUAAUUGAGAGACUAAUUAUCCAAGAUCGUGUGAUGUGGUUAUUAGAGAACGGACAAAAGUCGUAUCUCAUUCCUCUGUUUGAUGAUGUGAUAUCUCCUCGGAAUAUUGCUUUGUGUUCCACAAAAACGCAUUAAAUAAAAAAAAAAAAUUGAAAAUGUAAACAAA